ACAAGCAGGCUAGUUCCCUAGCCGGCCCUGCGCCUCCCAGCUACGCUCGGAACUCGCCUGUCAAUUUUGCAGAGGAAACAAUCCCCGGAAGACGAAUCGUUCGGAGAAUGAAGGAGGCUAUUUUUAAGAGUGCCAUCCUCGUUGGCGUCCCACACGUCAUAGAAGCGAGCUUUGCCCUUAAAGUGGCAACUGAGGGCACACCCGACUAUGACACCUCAUUUGUGCGUGAAGGACUGGACGACUGUUCGCACACCGGUAAUGUUAAUGAGAACCAACAACGAGGACUGAGAGGCUUAGAACGUGUCUACCGUGCGCAAUAUGGACCUAUUUCCUCGAAGAUGGCGGAGUCCAUGGCUGAAAUCAAAUGGAUGUCUGAGCAUAUAACUUACGGCCUCUUCCUCGAACCCGUUUCCGAGUCGAAUCCACGGGCUCCACUUACUUUCGCCGAAACGGAAAUGGUCGUUCUAUCAUGUCUUAUUGCUCAGCGAAGCAAGCGCGAAGUACUCUGGCACUUGCGAGGUGCGCUACGAAGUGGACUGAGCUCUGACGAGGUUGAGGCAGUGCAAAGUGCUGUCGAGCUGGUCGCUACUGAAAUCGCCGGGAUAGACUUGAAGACUGGAAUGCCGAGAGUUGUUGAAGUCACAGAGGAAGACGACUUGAGCGGGCUUUAAUGAUAGAACACAAGGGCUACCAUUCAUUAUGCAAAUCCUAUGUAACUCAGUAUUAAAUUUAAACCUUGCGUUUGAUCCAAA